AUGAUUAUACGGAAGCUUUGUAUGCGCCAGAGCCGCCAGCUCCUUGCUCUGAGCCGACGAGCCCCGGUUUCGAGUCGCUUCCAAUCGACAUUGCCCGAAACUCCAGUCGAGACAGUGCAGACAUCUAUCAGAGAUGAGAUCCCUCGGAUAGAUAACCCCCUAUUUGAGAUGGUGCAGGCGCAAUCCGAGGCCACCACACCCGCACACCAAGAAUUCACAUCAGACGAGCCGCAAAGAAGCAACUUCAAAAAACUCGGCACAACCGUGAAAUCCUCCUACGACCCCGAAAAUGUCAUCCGCAACCCUCCCAAGCCAUCCCAGAUCUCCCUGGAAAUGCUGCUCGCAGCAGGAACCCACCUGGGCCACUCGACUUCACGCUGGAACCCCCAGAACUCGCGAUACAUUUUCGGUAUCCGCGAGGGGGUGCAUAUCAUCUCGUUGGACGUAACAGCCGCCCACCUCCGCCGCGCCGCAAAAGUAGUUGAGGAAGUCGCCGCACGUGGCGGACUAAUCCUCUUCGCCGGUACACGGAAGGGUCAGAAGCGGGCUGUUGUCAAGGCGGCGUCGCUGGCAAAGGGAUACCACAUUUUCGAGCGGUGGAUUCCGGGCUCUCUGACGAACGGCGAGCAGAUUCUCGGCCACUGCGAGACGAAGGUUGUCAACGCGCUGGACGAGGAAUUGCCCAACUUCAAGUCUGAUCUUGCCGAUCGCCCGGCACUUAAGCCCGAUUUGGUCGUUUGUCUUAACCCGCUUGAGAAUGUUGUCUUGCUGCAUGAGUGUGGACUUAACAAUGUUCCUACUAUCGGUGUUAUUGAUACAGAUGCGGAUCCUACGCGUGUUACCUACCCGAUUCCCUCGAACGAUGACAGUCUGCGGGCUACCUGUCUUAUUGCGGGAAUUCUUGGUCGCGCUGGUGAGGCGGGUCAGAUGCGUCGCUUGAAGAUGGCACAGGAGGGUCGCACUUCUUACACCCCUAUCACAGCUCAGGAGCUGCGUCUUGAUCCGUUUACGGGCCUGGCUCCUGGUGGCGAGGGGGUGAAGAAGUAG